AUGUCUUCUCAACUGCUGAUUACUGGAGUUCCACAUAGCAUAAAUGUUGAUUUGACACCAAACCAAAUAGUCCACCAAAUAUUCGACAAGCUUGGCAUCGCAAAUCUUACAAAUGAUGUGCUAACCAUUCGUGAGUUCAAAGGUAAAAAGAAUCAAAGCAACACAAAUUCUCAGCAAAUCUCACACUCAUUCAUCCUUAAUCUGAAGUCACCGCAAGUCUGUGAACACAUCAUAGAUACUAAACGUCGUACACCAAAACUCUUUGCAAAAAACAUUUUCAAUAGUAAUGCUGAUAUUGCUCCAGAAAAAUUAAUAUUUAUUAAUGAAUUUCUUCAUGGGGACCUUUAUCCAGCUCAUUUAGCCCAAUUCGAAUUUUUAGUAAAUGAAUAUAAACCACACAUUAUCACAAUAGUUGAAUCAUGGUUAAACCCAGACAUACAGAUCUCUCUUAAAGACUAUUCGAUUAUAAGAUGCGAUCGAGGAUUAUUAAAUACAAAUGGUAAUUACAUCAGAGGUGGAGGUAUAAUUUGUUUCAUCAAUAAUUGUUUAAAAGCAAAAUUACUUUAUUCAUCGGAAUCUCAAGACAUAAACAAUCCAGAGUUUAUAAUAGUUGAUGUUAUUCUACCGUCUGGAUCUCAUAUUCUUCUCUCAUCCAUCUAUAGAAGGCCACAGGGCAAACUACUUGAUAGCUUCUACACUAAAUUUGGCAAAUUUUAUCCAUCUUACAAAAAUAUACUCAUAAUGGGCGACCUAAAUUGUAAUCUUCUGAAAUCAAAUCGACAAUCAAAUCAUCUGAAAUCUUUCAUCUCAGAAUCUGGUCUGUAUUGUAUACCUUAUGGUCCCACAUUUCACACAACUGAAACAGAAUCAUGGUUGGAUGUCAUUAUUAUUGAUAAUGAAGAUAAAUUAGGAAGAUAUUCAAAGUCUUCACUUCCAUUCAUUGGUGGGCAUGAUUACCUUCUUUGUGAAUACAGAUUAGAAUCACCAAUUAAAUAUGAUAAAAAAGUUGAAUUUCGAGACUUCAGAAAUUGCAAUCAUGCAGCUCUAGCAAAUGAUCUAAAUAGUAAACUUAAUCAAAUAAACAUAAACUUUGAAGAAGCUGACCCAAAUGAUCUAACUUCAUACUUCAAUAAAUCAAUCAUAGCUUCUUUAAAUAACUUUGCACCACUUACAGAGAAAAAAUUAAAACGUCCAAAUAAUCCUUGGUUAACAAAUGCAUUAAGACGUGAAUUCCGUGAGCGUGAUACACUAUAUAAACGCGCACGUCGCACAGGUGAUCAAAAUCUACUCAGGCUCUACAAAAUGAAGAGAAAAGAUCUAAAAAAUAAGCUAAAUAUCGCCAGAGAUAUUUAUUUCAAAACUAUUCUAGAAAACUCAUCGCAAAAAUCAAAUAAAAGUAGCAGCUUAUUAAAUUGGAAACAAAUAGAUAUUGUUGAUGUCACUAAAAAUCUCCAACUGACUCUACAAAAGUCCAAAGGAAAAAGUCCUGAUGGUCUAGACAUUAAAUGGCUGAAAGAUCAUUUACAACAAGUAUCUAUCUUUUUAAUGAACAACCUAAAUCGUUCUCUCGAAACAAGUAUAUUUCCUGAAGCUUGGAAAUCGGUAUUUAUUGUUCCAUUAAACAAGAUAAAUUUACCAAAAUCCAUAUCAGACACAAGACCGAUAGCAAAUUUGUCUCAUUUUGCUAAGGUAUUCGAACGCAUCAUUGCAAAUCAAUUGGUCGAGUACCUUGAAUUAAACAAUCUCCUUGAUGACUAUCAGUCAGGAUUCAGAAAAUUUCACAGCACCCAAGGGGCCCUGCUACUCUUAACCGAGGAAAUCAGAAGAGCUAUUGAUAGAGAAGAUCUUACCUACCUCAUCUUAUUUGAUUUCUCGAAAGCUUUUGAUUACCUAAACCCAAAAAUUCUAUAUAUUACCAUGUACGAAAUGGGUUUUUCGAUUGAAGUAAUCUGCUGGUUUCAAUCUUACCUAACACGUCGAUCACAAUCAGUUCUUGAUCUGAGCUCUGUACCAUCAAGUCCAAUCAGUACUACCUCUGGAGUUCCGCAAGGAUCAAUUCUAGGUCCUAUUCUCUUCCUAAUCGUUAUAAACGGUGUGGCAAAACGACUAAAAUACACCAAACAUGGUCUCUUCGCUGACGACAAAUAUACAUAUCUCCACUUCAAACUCUAUGAAUUGAAUAGAGCAGCCUAUAAAUUAAAUGUUGAUGCACAAGCAGUAGCUGACUGGGCCAGAGAAAAUGGAAUUAAGAUUAACCUUCAAAAAACUAAAGUCAUGAUCUUAGGAAGUAAUAGCAAAUUGAAGUUACUCGAAGGCUAUGAUCUUCCCCAGAUAACCAUUGACGGAAAGGUUAUUCCAUACGUAAAUUCAACUAAACAUCUGGGAAUUUACUUAACUAACAAUCACUCCUGGGACAUCCAUGUUGCACAUAUUACUCGAAAGGUUUAUGGAGCACUAAAUAGCCUUAAACAUAGGAAGAAUAUACUCUCCACAUACACUCGCAAAUUAUUAAUAACUGCCACAAUUCUUCCGAUAAUCGAAUACUGCUCAUUAGUGUUGCUGGAUUCCUCUAAACGAUUGGAUUAUAAAUUGCAAAGAUUAAUAAAUAAUUAA